AUGCCGGCGGCGGGGAUGGACAAGGUGAUAGCGACGGUGAGCGGCUACCACGGCGACGAGCGGCACAGGCUGGUGAAGCUCAUCUCGGAGGCCGGCGCCAUGAGCAGAUCCAUAACCCACCUGGUUUGCUGGAGGCUCGAGGGGAAGAAGUACGACAUCGCGAGGCGGCUCCGGGUCUGCAUCGUCAGCCACCGCUGGUUCCUCCACUGCCUCCAGCAGGGGACACGGCUCCCCGAGGGCCCCUACGCCAUGGAAAGUGGUGAAGAAGCCGGGACAGUCCCACAGCUGUCUGAUUUGCCAGGCAGGCGGUCCAAGAGAAAUGCAUCCAGAGAGGAUCCAUGCCUGAAAGAGUUACCUUCUGAUUUAUGCAAUACUUCAUAUUCCAGCGAUGUGGUCAAGAUUGAUGAUUCAGAUUCAGAUUUUGAGCAUCAGGGAUGGUUGGAGUCAUCCCUAUUAAAAGAGAAUUUAGCCGUUGCCGGGAAUUCGAAGAAUAUUUGUUCAGGCGAUGUUAAAGGAGGAAAAAAACAUUUGAAGCGUGAGCGGAAGUCAACUGAUAAAGAUAUCCUACAUCUGCGAGACAAUGCUUCAAGUUUCAGGGAGGAUCCAUGCUUGAAAGAGUUACCUUCUAAUUUAUGUAGUACUUCAAAUGCCAGGGAUGUGCUCAAGAUUGAUGAUUCAGAUUCUGAUUUUGAGCAUCAGGGCUGGUUGGAUUCAUACCUAUUAAAAGAAAAUUUAGUCGUUGCCGUGAGUUCGAAGAAGAUUCAUUCAGGAGAUGUUAAAGAAGGAAAAAAACGUUUAAAACGUGAACAAAAGUCAACUGAUAAAGAUAUCCUACAUCUGCGAGACAAUGCUUCAAGUUUGUGUUGA